UGUUUGUGGGCCGUUCUCGCGCUGUUAGCGUUGCAUUUUAAAUCGGGGAUUCGUUUGGAAUUGGGCUAACAUACGGAGUUACUAUGGAUUUUGAAGUAUUUGUUUCCUGUUAAUAAAUGCGACGAGAGGUUAGCUUUGAUCAUAUUCUUCUACUAAAUAGUGUAGACAGACGCAAGUAUAAUUAAAGGCUCGCGAAUUACUGAAAACUCUGUUAGGCAUUACGGCGUGAUACAUCGGGUUUGAAAAGAGAAGAUUAACGCUUGCCGCCGAUGCUAACUCUGAAGAACUCGGCAAAAUCAACACAAGUUCCAUUUCAAGUUGCUGAACUUUUUAAUUGUGAUCGACGGAACUGAUCGACCGGUCAAGCUUUGAUUACACGAGAAAUCCACCGUGAUUACAUUUGCUUAUAAGGAGAGCAACGUGCGUUUGUUUUGAUCCAUUUUGACUGAAACGCAGCUGGCCGACAGAACUGGGAACCUGAAUCGUAUUGAAAAUGAAUGGGCAAAAUCAGUCGAGCAACGGGAGCGGCCCGGCACCUCUCACAUGCGACUCUCCUCCGCUUACAGAAAAUGUUAUUAUGACAGUCUAUCUGGUGGUCAUUUUAGUCCUAACAGUCGCCGGUAAUUUGCUAGUAAUAUCGGUGGUUAUAGCGUAUCAGCGUCUACAGCAAGUGACGAAUUACUUCAUCGUAUCACUGGCCGUCUCUGAUUUGCUUAUAGCGGCCCUGACGCUUCCCUUGACCAUCAACGCAACGAUCCACAACGAAAUAUGGUGCCUGAACCUGUCCACGUGUGGAGUGUGGCUGGUCGUCGAUGCAUUGGUUAGCUGUGCCUCCAUAUGCAAUCUGGCAGCCAUAUCCAUUGAUCGACUGAUCGCUAUCACGUCCCCGUUCAGAUAUCGCGAAAUCGUGACGCGGAAUCGUGCGUUCAUAGUCUUGGGUGUCAUCUGGGCAUAUGCCCUUGUUUGGGGUUGUCUGGCACUGUUGAAUUGGCAAGAUACGGACAAACCUGGGAUUGCCUACACUUUGAACGGCCAACCAGCGACUUGCCAAAGAACGGAGCCUAUUUACUACACAGUCGCCGCAGCCAUGUCGUUCUUUGUGCCACUUUUGAUCGUGCUGACCGCGUAUUCAAUAAUCCUCAAAGUUGCAAUCACCCAAGCGAAAGCUGUGGCCGCUUUGGACCUAAAUCGUGACCGUAGAAAGAAAACGAAUUUCUUUCGCGAAGUCAAAGCCACCAAAACGGUUGCUUUGGUAAUCGGCGCGUUCGUGAUAUCGUGGCUGCCUGUGUUUAUUUUACUAAUGCUGGCUCUUUGGGAUCAAGAAGGGGUGAAAAAAUUCGAUCAGAAACACCCAAAGAUUCGCAAGGGCAUCUUUUUUACCUUCCUCAGAGUUCUACCUCCUCUCAACGCAUGCAUCAAUCCGAUCAUCUACGCCGUUUUCAAUUCUCACUUCCGCUCGGCGUUCCUGAAGUUCCUACGUUGUCCCCAGCGGACACAGAAUGAUGAUACCCACAGUAUGCACACUACCCACACAACCACCCAGAGGACCUCCUACAGCACUAUGGUGCCUGAGAAGUCGGAGACUGGGAACAACAAUACCGAUGGGUGAUGAUGCAGCGACGUGUCUUCCAUCACAAAGGUGGUCCAGCAAUAGUUAUCAUGUACUUGUUGGAUGACCCAUGGACUUGCUCGCAUUUUUUGACGGUUAACGAUACGAAAUUGAACAAAAAUUGUGGUUAAGACGAUGUGACCGAUAAUGUAAAUUUAAAUGUUCGUUAAGAGGGAAAUAUUGUUUAACGCUUUGCGUAGCGUUGUAAGGAAUAGAAUAGAUUAUCCAUUUGUGGGUAUUAGUCCGGGAAUUAGAUUGGUUUAAAUCCAUAGUGAAAAAUUUACGCUGCGUGUGAAAGAUUGAAGUCCUGGGGCGCUGUACGAAAGCUAGAUAGCGCUAUCCAGCUGAUUAUGGUUUGACGUUUUUAAUUGAAUAAUUUUUAUUCAUUUUUGGGUCGUUAUCUGUAAAUUUAUUAACCUUUCAGUUAAGAAAUACAAAACAAAAUAAAAUUCGAAGAUUAACAGUCUUGAAAUAAAAAAUAUAGGUUGAAACAAGACAAAGAAUGAGUUCGUGAUAUCUUGUCGAUUUUACGUUGAUGUUAGUUCUGAUGAUGAUUUUAGUUAUUGAUGCUAGUCUGAUGAUGAUUUUGCAACAAAAUCGAAAUAUCACGAACUCAUUAUUUGUCUUGUUUUAACUUAUAUUUUGGAUUUCAAGAUGACAAUCUUCGGAUUAUGUUUUGUUUUGUAUUUCUUGAAAUUGUCGGCUGGUAUUGUUUUUAUUAAAGCGGCAUUACGGUGGAUAGCGCUCUCCAGGUUUUGUACAACAGCCUCAAAAUAAGAUACGAUAAAGAACUGUAAAUUCAUGUAUUUUAUGUAUAUUAGUAUUAGUCGUGCAAAAAAACAGCAAGACUCUAGUUUUAAACUAUAUGACUACAUGUAUCAAAUUGUAUACAUUAAGGUAUUAUAAAAAAAUCA